AUGGUUGGACCGAAUGGAACAACAGACUUAUCUUGUUUGAGUCGACUCGGUGAGUUGUUUGGCGUUUUACAUUAUUUGUCUCGGCCGAGUCAACUCAUUCAGUCUGUGAUUAACAAAUCUUCCUCUGAUGGACCUUCAAUCUCCCCCAUUGUAUUUGUUGAGGAUAUUGCAAUGUUUCCGGCUAGAGCUGUGGAGGAUCAAGUGUUGGCCCCACAACACUCAGAGUUGUCAAGAAAGCAUUAG